UGUAACCUCAAAAAUGUUUUGUUUACUUCUGAGGCGGUCCGCAGUUCAUAAUACCUGCAAAUUAAUUAGUAAGCAGAUUUCCAAGCCCGCCUUUUACACACCCAUCAAUGCUCUACACACCACGACACAACUGCGGCAUGGGGAAUACGAGUGGCAAGAUCCCAAGUCACCUGAUGAAAUAGUAAACAUCACAUAUGUGGACAAGGAUGGCAAACGCACCAAGGUCCAGGGCAAGGUGGGCGACAAUGUUCUGUAUUUGGCCCAUCGCCAUGGCAUUGAAAUGGAGGGAGCAUGUGAGGCUUCUUUAGCAUGCACCACCUGCCAUGUUUAUGUGCAACACGACUUUCUCGAAAAGCUAAACGAUGCCGAAGAAAAGGAGGACGACCUGCUGGACAUGGCGCCAUUCCUGAAGGAGAACUCUCGGCUUGGCUGCCAAAUAACGCUGGAGAAAAGCAUGGAGGGAAUGGAACUGGAGCUACCGAAGGCCACCAGAAACUUUUAUGUGGACGGCCACAAGCCCAAACCGCACUAGCAGCAGCUUUAUUGUUAUCAGAUGUAUUUUAAAUAUAAAACAAACUGUUGAA